AUGAAAUCGAAUGUUGGUAGUUCAAAUGCAGGCAGUUAUAGAAUUACAAAAGAGAAUUUAGCAAUGGAAAAAGAUUUAGAAACCAAAAAGCUGAGCAACACAGUUAGAAAUGAAAAUACUCAAUUAAGACAAAGAAUGGAAGAAAAGUUAAAUCUUUUAAGAGAACAAACAAAUCUUCAACCUUUAAAAUUUAGUACGCUCAAAGAAUCACUCUUAAGAGAUCUCAAAAAUAGAUUCUUCAUCGAUUUCUAA